AUGAGCACUUCACGAUCGUUGUAUCAAGCAUUGGGCAUUCUUAAAGGAGCAAGAAACGUUAUUGAAGAGUCGUUUCGAAUCAGCCAAUCAGAAUGCAGUAUUUUCACCGGAUCUACAUUUUCAGCUGACGAUGCUCUCUAUGAAGAAGCCAGAGGAAGGUCCGAGGCCGCUAGGAACGGACAAGUUUACGACGUUAAGCCUCCAUCGGAUAUUUUUCAAGAUGCCCGUGAUAAGUCUGAGGGUAUAAAACAGAAUCGAUCGGCAUCUACUAAGUCGAAGAAGUCCGGAUCUUCUUCAGGUAAAAGGCAGUUUUCGACAGUCUCGUUUGUUAUGAACGAGACCAAAACUGGCAGCAAGAUUAUCGGUGAAGCAGAAAAACCGGAAAUGCAGCUGCUUGGCCAAUCAGCAGUUCCCAGUACUAAGCUUCAACGACUUUUUCACUACGGUUCGUUGGCAGCAAAUAUUGGAAUGAACGUGGUGAAGGAAGGAGCCAAGAAAUAUGCAAGUGGUGAGAGUCCUGUUUUCAGUAAACUGCUGAUGUCACCGAGGAAUAUCCACAGAAUGGCCCGGAAACUCAGCCAGAUGAGAGGAGCAGCGUUGAAGAUUGGUCAAAUGCUUUCUUUUCAAGACAAUUCUGUUCUACCCAAAGAGGUUGCUCAGAUAUUGUCGAAAGUACAAAAUACUGCCCAAUAUAUGCCUGCUUCUCAGCUUGAGAAAACGGUUUCGUUUGAGUUGGGAGAUGGAUGGAGGAAGAGGUUCUUUGCUUCUUUUGAUGACGUUCCUAUUGCUGCUGCUUCUAUCGGUCAGGUUCAUCGUGCAGUCACUAAAGAGGGACUGGAAGAGGUUGUAUUGAAGGUUCAGUAUCCAGGAGUGGCCGAUUCCAUUGAUUCUGAUUUGGAUACCAUUCUAAUGCUUAUGACUGUUUCUAGAAUGCUACCUUCUGGUAUGUUUCUAGAUAAGAGUGUUGCCAAUGCACGUGUGGAGUUGAAAUGGGAGUGUGAUUAUCUUAGGGAGGCUAGAAACAUUGAGAGAUUUGCAGACCUGUUGAAAGAUGAUGACUGUUUUGCUGUUCCUAAAGUUUACCAUGAGAUAAGCGACGAGCAUGUGCUUACGAUGCAGAUGAUGAACGGCGUUGAGGUUUCUAAAGGGAAUUUUAGCCAGGAAACUAAGAACUGGAUCUGUGAGAAUAUCAUGAGACUCUGCUUGAACGAGAUAUACAAAUUCAAGUUCAUGCAGACCGAUCCAAACUGGGCCAACUUCUUGUAUAAUGAGAAGACCAAUAAGAUUGAGUUAUUGGAUUUUGGAGCUUGUCGUGAUUUUCCCGCUGAGUUUGUUACUCUGUACGCAAACUGUCUUCGUGCUGCUGUGAAACAGGAUAGAGAAAAGGCUGAGAAGUAUUCGAGAGAUCUGGGUUAUUUGACUGGAUUGGAAACCCCAGAGAUGACCUCAGCUCAUGUUGAUUCGAUGAUGGUACUAGGAGAGCCAUUCUGUGCGCAAGAGAACGGGAAUAAGUGCUAUGAUUUCUCUCACCAGACAGUUACUGAUAGAGUGAGGGCUAACAUAGGCUUGAUGUUGAAAGAGAGAUUGACUCCUCCUCCAGAGGAGACUUACAGUCUACAUCGAAAAUUAAGUGGGGCUUAUUUACUGUGUGCCAGGAUGAAUGCAGUGAUUCCAUGCCAGCGGUUAUUUGAGGAGGUGAUUGGCUUAGACUAUGAGUAG